CUCCGCGCGCCCCUGGGACCCCCCGCGGCCCCGCCGGCGCCAUGAGCUCGGGGACCCCCUACAUCGGCAGCAAGAUCAGCCUCAUCUCCAAGGCGCAGAUCCGCUAUGAGGGCAUCCUCUACACCAUCGACACCGAGAACUCCACCGUGGCGCUGGCCAAGGUGCGAUCCUUCGGUACCGAGGACCGGCCCACAGACAGACCGGCUCCUCCGAGAGAAGAAAUCUAUGAAUACAUUAUUUUUCGAGGAAGUGACAUCAAAGACAUCACUGUCUGUGAACCUCCAAAAGCUCAACAUACUCUGCCACAAGAUCCUGCCAUUGUCCAAUCUUCACUGGGCUCUGCCUCUACAUCAUCCUUUCAGCCACAUGUGCCUUACAGCCCGUUUAGAGGUAUGCCACCUUACAGCCAGCUUGCUGCCAGCUCUUUGCUUAGCCAGCAGUAUGCAGCUUCCUUAGGUUUAGAGAAAUUGGUAAGCCCUCCAGCAUCAGCAGCUGCUUCCAGCCCUAGUUCUUCUCCGUCUCCACAACCUGUUUCAGAGCCUGACAUGUCUUCAGAGCCCCAUCAGCUCUCUUCCAAGGGUGCUGGCUUUCCUUCUGUUCACCCAGUCCGCAAAAGCCCCAUGGUGGAACAGGCUGUUCAGACCGGCCCAGUGGACAGUGUGAAUUCCCCAAAGCUGCCCCCAGUGAAGGUGACUCCGGGGAUUCCGCGCGGUGCCCGGCAGGUUCCGCCGGCCAACAGCAAGGCGAGCGUAGAUACAGUUCAGGCAACACCUGUGCAAACCCAAGGACAGGUGAAUGAUGAGAACAGAAGACCUCAAAGGAGAAGAUCGGGAAACAGGAGAACCAGAAACCGUUCUAGAGGACAAAACAGACCAACUACUGUGAAGGAAAAUACAAUAAAGUUUGAAGGUGACUUUGACUUUGAAAGUGCAAAUGCACAAUUCAACAGAGAGGAACUUGAUAAAGAAUUCAAGAAGAAACUAAACUUUAAAGAUGACAAAGCAGAGACGGGGGAAGAAAAAGGGGACCCUGGAGUGGCAACCCAAAACAAUGAUGGUAAUGCAGAGGAGGAUCUGCUGGGGCCCAACUGCUAUUAUGAUAAAUCCAAGUCUUUCUUUGACAACAUUUCUUCAGAACUGAAAUCGAGUUCCAGGCGCACCACGUGGGCUGAGGAAAGGAAGCUCAAUACAGAGACGUUCGGAGUGUCUGGACGGUUCCUUCGUGGCCGCAGCUUUCGAGGUGGAUUUCGAGGUGGAAGGGGGAGUGGAGCAGCGAGGAGAAACCAAACCACUCACAGAGCUGGUACUGGCAGAGUGUAACUUCAGAGGUUUGAACAUCUCUCCUGAGAGGGUGAAACUGUACAUAGAAAGAAAACAACCAACUGCUGCACUAACGUGGGAAAAUGGUUCAUAUUGUUUACUGUCUCAGCUCAAGUGACAGAACUUCAUGUACUACUGCUUAUAUUCUGGACUUAUUUUUGGACCAGCAACAGUCAGCUGGAAUAUUCUUUGGAAGAGGGAAUGUGUUCAGGGGUACCUUCUUCAGGGUGUCUUUUUUUUUUUUGUGUGUGUAUUUUUUAAGUGCAGACUAACUUACACAGUUCUUCUUUCUGGGUCUCUCAAAGGCUGCUGUAGCCUAAGCUCAAAGUCAGACUCCUUUUCUGAACCCUGGAGAAGAUAAAUCAUGUUGUUUUAACACGGAACCAAAGCUCACUCAAAAUAAACCAGCUACGAUUCGUUUUGUUCUGAGUAACCAAAUGGAUUCUUUGGUGCUGCUGGUCUCACAGUUCUUGGCAGCAGGUGUGAAGCAGCACUUGGUAUCUGAAGGAAUGGAUUCCUGGUGCUGAGGAGUUGUGUAUAUUGUCACUUGGGAAUACUGGAGUGUUGAUCAUGUAGUAGUGUAACUGACUGUACAGCUGUUUGUGGGCUGGUGCUGGGCUGGAGGUACUGCAGAACCGAGGCUUUCCCUCGAGCUGAAGGGGGUUGGGAAUGCCUCGGGGGCUUGGAGCUCCUGGAUGGAGCAUGGGGAUAGCGUGUGGGACGGGAGCAGUGAGUGUCCCCUCGUGUGCUCAGUACAGAGUUUUUGGCAGUGGAGGCCCAAAGCUCUGACCUGUUGCCUCAGUUUGUACCUCGCUGGAGGCAGCACCAAAUGCAAACAGUUCUCUGUACUCUAGUAGACUGUGGUGGAACACUUUGGAAUGUUUUCAUUCAGCUAGGGAUGGAAGUCCAUUAUAAUGAAGCUUAACAGAUGGGCAUGUUUAAUUUCUUUCCUCUAUACCCCCAUACUGUAAAUAGUUUAGUUGUUUUUUCUUUUGUUUUUAAAAAUCUGUAUGUGGGGAGAGGGCUGGGAGGGAGGGCUUACCUUUGUUUGCAUGAAUAAGUGGGUUAAAUUGCUAUAGGCAUGUGUCCCGUUUUUGGUUGGUAGGGAAUUUUGUUGAAAAAGCACCUUGAUGACUGAACCCCUUACAUAGCUCGAGUUUUUUAGUUAUGCAUUGACCUAGGUUACUGUAAAAGCUUGGAUUUAUUUUUGUAGGACUUUAUUGCUAAGAAUUAGAACAUAGCAGUGGGGCUGCUCUUUGGAGUAAUGUAAAUUGUAAUUAUAAUAAACAUGUAAAUGUUUACUGUUUCCCUCCA